AAAAACCACCUGGACUCACCUGUAUCCGUCAGUAAACUCAUCAGAGGAAAGGUUGCCGUUCACAUAUCGCGGCGAAUCAUGAAAGCUGCCAUAUUUGGUCAUGUGAUAGAAUAUCUCGUCACUGAUUGGUCAGUUGUGAAAAUCACAUGGUCAAGGGUGAAAGCCGUGAAUGAGAGAAGAUGGCACCUCCACAGCAAGUUGAAGAUGAGGCCUUCGUCACCUUGGCAACCAGCGACACGUACGCCCUGGGCAGUCUGGUGUGGGGGCAGUCUCUACGCAGAGUGGGCACCACGCGGAAGCUCGUGGUGAUGAUAACUCCUGGUGUUUCACACGGCAUACGACAGCAGCUAGGGUCAGUCUUUGACCUGCUAGAGGUAGUGGAUGUACUGGACAGCCGGGACACCAUUAACCUUGGUCUUCUGGAGCGUCCAGACCUCGGAGUCACCUUCACCAAGUUUCAUGUCUGGAGGCUGACACAGUUCAAGAAAUGUGUGUUCAUGGACUCUGAUACUAUGGUGCUACAAAACAUAGAUGAACUAUUUGAGCGUGAGGAGUUUUCAGCGGCGCCAGACCCCGGCUGGCCAGACUGCUUUAACUCAGGAGUGUUUGUACUGCAGCCCUCUCUACAGACAUACCAGAACUUACUGGCCUUUGCCAUGACAGUAGGGAGUUUUGAUGGUGGAGAUCAGGGCUUACUCAAUCUAUACUUUAAAGACUGGGCGUACACAGAUAUCCAAAAACAUCUUCCCUUUAUCUACAAUGUUGUAUCCCAGGCAUUUUAUAGUUACCUGCCUGCGUUGAAACAAUUUGGUGCCAAUAUCAAAGUGGUCCACUUCAUCGGCCCAGUGAAGCCAUGGAUGCACAAAUACAACACUGCUACAGGAGAGGUGAUCCCUGAACCUGGGACAGGGCACCAUGGUACCUUCCUCCAGCAGUGGUGGAACAUUUUCAUGGAGUUGGUCCAGCCCAAGAUGGACCCUACCUACUUGAGUGGCCUUGCAGGAGAACUAGCCAGCCUGAAACUAGACGCCUCCCCACAACAACCCAUGGAAGCAGUGCCCGAACACGAGCGCCGCGAGAGGUGGGAGCGCGGACAGGUGGACUACCUGGGCGAGGACAGUUUUCAGAAGAUCCAGGAAAGGAUAGACUCCACGCUGCAGUCUGGUCCGGCCCAGGCACAGCCCAAGCCCGUGGACAAGAGCAAAGGAGCUGUCCCCAAGGCUAGUAGAAAGCAUGUCCGGAAAUAGAGCAUGUACAGUGUGUAUUGCAUGCUUGGCUCAAUUUGUGUACAUGUGAAGAGUAAAUGACGUUGGAUCAAGCUGAAAACCACAACUAUCUGUACAUGCAUGAGGACAUUGACUGCUGCAUUUGACAUUGCCAACACUUAACUUGUGAUGAGAUAAAGCUCACGAUUGCCAAUAUGAACAAUGUACAUCAUUGCGCUAGAGAAGACAAUAUCAAAAUGUUUGCCAUUGCGCUAGAGAAGACAAUGCCAUUUGUUAGAGGAGAAAACCAAGUGAGUUCGCUGAGCUUACUGCAUUGGACAGUCUCCCAGCAUCUCUAUGGAAACUUUAUUUCAUACAUAGGCCUCAAUCUCUACAUUAUUGUACAUAUGUUAUGCAUUUUUUUCUUAUGUUAGGGGAACGUAUGUUUUGAUAACCGUCAUAAACUAAUACGCUAGAGUUAUAAACUGAAAUUCUGCCAUAAAUGACAUGCCAGUACUUAAUGUACAGGUAUCUUGAAUCCCGUUUUUUUUUUAAUUUUUUUUUCAUAUUUGAGCAUUCUUAUAAAGGUACCUGUCCAGUAAUUUAUCCCUUUUAUACGUGUUCACAUAUAUACAAAUAUAAAUUGCUUUGUUGCUAUUAUAAAUGUAGUAUAUUGCAUUGCUUGGGAUUCUAAUCAAGGGUUUUGUUGUCAUGUAUAACAUGUGGACUGCAUCGCUCAAGAGUUCUAAUCAAUUCUGUUGUUAUAGUUGUAUACAUAUAUAGACUGCGUUGCUUAGAGAUGCCAAUAAGACAUAUUGAUGCUUUGCUGUAUUAGAUUACAGCAACAUUAAGGGUUUCCGCGGAUAAGAAAAAAAAUGAGAGUAUAGCAAUAAAGAUUUUGCCAUUCAGUUUGCUAUUAAAUUGUGUCUUCUAUAUUGUAUCCUUUCUCUGAAAACAACCAUGAGCCAAAUAGAUUUUUAAGAAAACUGGGAAAAGGUGUUGCUCAAGUCUGACAAAAUCCCUCUCUCCCCACCCUCUAAUGUUACAUUUUUUAUACAAGAUGCCUUUAAUUCUGGAGAAAGAGAUUUCGAUUUUUUGUGCCAUGCAAUUGGAAAGUUCACUUCUGCUACAGUGUGCAAUAUUAUAGACAGUUGUUUGUGUUGUGUUGUUAAUGUUCAUGGAACACUUAGAUACUGAUCCUGUUCUGUAAGUUAUAUGAAAUAUGAAGUAGUUUGAAGUGUAACAUGUAGGUUUAUUUUGCUGUAAGUUAUAUAAAAUUGGAAUAUCUCCAAAGAUUAUCAUAAAUGAAUAAAUGCGAGUUUGUCCGAGUCUUUUAAGAUCUGACUUGUCUGCUGUAGAACAAUCACCUAUAGAUUUCACCUGGCUGAUCUUUUGUGCUUGUUUCAGAGCUUCUGUCAAAUUUGCCAGCUUUCAUUUUUGAUCUGUCAGGUGGAUUAAUGCCCUGCUGAGCUGUAAGAUUUUACUCAGUGCAUAUUAAAGCUAUUUCUUUGAUAAAACUCUAAAGCAAAAAAAAUGAAAAUAAAAAGAUUUGUGAGCCAGGUAGAUUUAUGAAGAUGUUUAGAUACUAACUCGGUGAUAGAAAUUCAAUGACCUAUCUAAGGAUGCAAUUGUACGUGUAUAAAUACAUGCUGAGUAAUUGUAUUUCUGUUGAUAUGUUCAUUUAUCGUAAUCUUUGUUGGUUACUAGGUUAUGAAAGACCAAUUUUUGCUGUACAGUGUGUAGAAACCUUUCUUACAUUAGAAAAGAUGCAUUUAAAAGCACCAUUUCCCUUGUCAAAUAUUAUGUUUUUCCCAUCAUGUUGUAGUCUUUGAAUAGAAUUUGUUGUACACACACACACAGUGUAAUCCUCUUGUAGCCUCGACUCCCUGAGGAGCUUUAUGUUCAAGUUCCCAAACUGAAAAGAUGUUCAAGCUUUAUUAGCUUUUGUAUAGAAAAACCUUUAACAGAAUAUUAGUCUGAAAGAUCCUGUUUAUUACAUGCUUCUUUUAAAAGCAUAAAAUCUGGACUUAGUUUGACUAAGAAAAUUAAGAAAAUAGUCCGCAAAAUUUUUCAAGUCCUGGAAUUUUAAUAACAGCUGGAUUUGUAGACUGGGUAAAAGGGGGAUAGUUACUCGCCUCCCCUCCCUAUUUAGGCAGCUGGAAUAGAUACUUUAUCAUCCUCCCAUGCAAUAUGAAGCCAGUGAAACAACUUGGGCUUCAGAUACAGUAUUAUUAUUAUUAUUAAUGUCAUUAUAGCGAAUUAGCUGUUUCAAGACACAAUACAAGAUAAUUAGAGUAUGGACUUAAUAUAACUUGGUUAUCUUCUUUUUUAUGGACAAAUAUAUGCUUUAUUAAUUUAGUGAAGGUUAAUAUGCUAAUUGGAUAAUGCUUGUUUUCUACGGCGCAGCUCAUGCGGCCAUGGGGCACGGCACAUGGAAUGUUGCACAAGGACACGGGACGGUUGACGUCAUUUAGUUGUGGUGAAUUAGUAGGGAGGUAGCCAAGCUACCCUGAACGGGAAUAAAAUGACAUAUUUACAUAAAAUA